GUUUGUGUCCUGACCUUUGAGGAGUCUCAAUCGUCUGGUUUUGUUUCCUGUGGGGGGGGAGGCCUCACCGUGAACGUUUGAGAUAUGUGAAGCUGCAGGAUCAGAGGAGCUGUCACUCAAACCAGGAAAACACCGCCAUCCACCACUGCCAACCAAUCAGCAAACAGCCUGGAGGACCAUCAUGCAUCUGAAGUCACAUCCAAAGCUCAUGCGCUCCGAGUUACGUUUGGAUGCGGCCAGUGUUCAGACAUCAUCCCAGCGGAACAGUCUGUUUGUGAGCCAACAGGGGGAGCUGCUAAAGACCUGCAGCAGUAAACAUGGCAAAAUCAGUAGCAGCCGGCAUCCAUUCAGCGUCAUCUCGACCGACCCGCUUUGCUUUGGCAACACAACAGACGGCAACAUCAGUAGCAGUGUGGCGUCGCUGCGGCUGAAGCCGCCAUGCGGCUCCGCCCUGCAGUUCCUCUCUCCCCCACCAUUAGGCGGCAGGAAUGACAGACUCAGACUGUACCAGACCGCCACUGAAGACGCUGAUGCCCCGCUGGACAUCUGGACAGUCAUCAGGCCUGGACAUGUCCGAGAGAAGAUCGCCAUCUUUGCAUCAGAGGGAGGAGGGAUAGAGGCGGUGGGCAGUGAGAGCACCUCCAUCAGCAGCUCAGGCAUUUGGGACCGGACGCUGCCAGUGUGUGCAAACCAUGCGGCCGUGUCGUGUCAAACACGCACCAUAAAGGCAAAGGGGAGCUGGCAGGAGAACUGCAGCGCCAAACGACGCCGCAGGUCUGGCAGCAAUCAGUGCCAGAGGCCCCGAGUCCAGGAUACUCAACACAGUCGUGAGCCAUCUCCACAGCGCUCCGAUUCACCUCAGAGGUCAGAGGUCAGGCGGCAUGAAGGCGAGGAGGUGACAGAGGAAGAGCAGCAGAAGGUGUCAGUGGUGGAGAUGGUGGCAUUCCUAGAGCAGAGGACGAGCGAGCAGCAGAUAGACAGUAAACCUGCUCUUGCUGUCCAGAGAAGCUCCACCACCAUCACGCUCUACAGACCUCAAGCCCCCGAAGCCAGGCAGGGCUCAGAGGUCAGUGUGGAGGAGCUGGAGAGCAUCAGUGUGUCUGACAUGGUGGCGAAGCUGGAGUCGGAGUGUCUGAAGAGGAGGACGGAGGGAGAUCUGUCGAGGAACAACAGCCUGAGGAGGACGGUGGGACGAGUCCUGCUCGCCGCUGGGGACCAGGGCUCUGCCCCAUCCCGUCCAGCAUCAUCAUCUGUGACACUAUCAAUGACAUCAUCAGCUUCUUUGUCAUCGCUGCUGGGAGCUCAGAGUCCAAUCAGCUGCUCAAAGACGUCGUUUAGAGACACCUGCCUCAGCUCUGACCACACCCCCUCACCUGACACGCCCCCCUCGCUCUUCUCAGAUAAGGCUGGGGAGGUUGGGGGGGACAUGCAGUGCAGUGGCACAGAGACGGAGCCUCCGCCCGGCUUGUUGUUUUUGUCUCUGCUUCCUGUUGUUGAUUCAGACCCCACCCCUCUCCUCACAGAGCCCUGCCCCCCUGCCUUAGGUUACUCUCCUAACUCUGACAGCCAAUCAGAUAAUAGGGGGAGGAGAAAGGCUGAUGGGUGUCAGGAAGGGGAAGUUAUAGGUGCGAGUCUUUGCUCUGACGCCAUGCUGCUGAGCCGCCGUGCAUCGGUGUCGCAGGACUUCCUGGAAAUGCGUCAGCGGCUGCAGCAGCUGCUGGAGCCACAACCGUACCUGGCCGUCUUGCCGCAUCACCUGCUUGUGAAGAUCUUCCUGCUGCUGCCGACACAAAGCCUCGCCGCACUCAAGUGCACCUGCCUCUACUUCAAGUUUGUCAUCGAGAACUACGGCGUCCGGCCCGCUGACUCGCUCUGGGUGUCCGACCCCCGUUACAGCGAUGACCCCUGCAAGCAGUGCAAGAAGAGGUACGGCCGUGGCGACGUGUCUCUUUGCCGCUGGCAUCACAAGCCGUAUUGCCAGGCGCUGCCGUAUGGCCCCGGGUACUGGAUGUGUUGCCAUGGCGCUCACAGGGAUGCGCCUGGCUGCAAUGUGGGUCUCCAUGACAACCGCUGGGUACCAGCGUUCCAUAGCAUUAAUGUGCCGAUCUAUAGGAGAAGCCUCAUCGACAAUUGAGUGUGUGUGUGUUUGUGUGUGAAACUCAUGCUAACGUAAACCUAAGCUGCUCCCAUGAUGCAACAGCAGAUCAGAAUUUCCUUCAAAACACUGACGCUUCAUUGGAUCAGUUUCAGCUUGAUCUGAUCAUGUGACCAGGGCCGAUUCUCUUCAUGUAGAGAAAUAACUGCCGACCUCUGAAGCUUCAGAAUCAUGAGUCAGUUCAGAGAAAUGGUUACUGAAGGAUUCUGGAUUAAAGAUGGAGUCACAAACUGUUUUGAAGGAAAAUCUUGACUCAUGUUUCUUCUUGUGGUCUGAAGAACAGUGUGGCGCCCCCUACUGCUCAAACCACACCUCAACGUUAAAACUGCUCACAGUGAUGUGACGUUGUCUUGAUUCUUCUCUGUUUUCUACACAAACAAUUAUCGGUGGUUAACAGAUGAGGAGGAGUCCCGGCCAGGACUCUUCCUCUGCCGUCAGUAAUUAGCUUUAGCUGCUGAUGAACAUGACGAUUCUCUACUGAUCGAUCGAUUGACCAAAGUGUCAGAGGGACACUGUGACAGCAGGAGUCCAACUAGUUCAUUAUUAAAACGGUUCCUGUCCAUCAACUGAUCAGUUGACGAAUGGAUGAAGCUCCACAAUCUCUUUAUCAGCAGGAGCUCCUGUUAAACUUACUUAAUUCUCUGAAGACACAGAGAUGGUUGAAAAUAGAAAAGUCACCUCCUGCUUUGACCUCAUGAUCUGAGCUGAUCAAUCAAUCGAUCAGUCAUCUGAUCAUCUGCUGCUUUAUAUUUGUGUUUUUUCACCUCUUGAUCAUUGAUCAUCAGAUUGAUCCACAUCGAUUGCAAUCAGUGACUUUCAAACCGCCUGGUCGUCAGGUGAGUGGCGGGCUGAGCUUCAGGGGGCGUCUUGAGUGGAGGAACUUUAUCUGCACCUUGUUUGUGUUUACAUGUGUACAUGAGUCGUAAAGAGUUUAAAGGAGGGAUUGUUAAUAAUGUUCAAUCAGCAGCUGAGUGAUCAUCUCAGGACUGAAGUUAGAAUUCUUAAACGUGGCCUUGAGUGAUGUAGGAGACGAUGCAAUAUGAAACUGGACUGUAGAGACUAUAAAAAAAAGAAUAUCGGGAGAAAAUAUAACAGUCGUUUUGUUUUUUUAAGCUUUGUUGGUUUCAGUUUUCGGGCUUUUCUGAUUUUGUUCUGUUGAAGAUCUUUAACUUUAAUAAAGUGUUUUCUCAUGGUUUUGUUUGGAUUAAAAAAAAUACUUUUCAUUUCAUCGAUUCAGUCAGAACAUUUCUGCAAAAAUAAUAAACUUGAAUAAAACACACGGCGCAGUGUAAACGAAUGUAAAUGACACCUGGUGGCGAUGGAGAGAAGUGCAGGUGGGUUUGUUCUCACACUGAGAACAUGUUAGAUUUAACAUGUUACUGUCAGGUCAUGUGUCA